GACUCUCUUUGGCAGUGUCAUUAUUGUGACUGCUAUUCACCUGGACCGUCACCUCUAUACUCCCAUGUACUUUUUCCUGAGCAUGCUGUCCAUCUCUGAGACCUGCUACUCUGUGGCUAUCAUUCCCUGUAUGCUUUCUGGCCCCCUGAGUCCUCAUCAGCCCAUUUCUAUCCAAGGCUGUGCCACUCAACUCUCCUUCUGUCUCACCUUUGGUAUCAAUAACUGCUUCCUGCUCACAGCCAUGGGGUAUGAUUGCUAUGUGGCCAUCUGCAACCCACUACAGUAUUCAGUCAUCAUGGCUAAAGAGUCCUGUAUCCAGUUGGCAUCUGGGUCCCUGGGAAUUGGCCUGGGUAUGGCCAUUGUCCAGGUAACGUCUCUUUUUGGCCUGCCCUUCUGUGAUGCCUUUGUCAUCUCUCACUUCUUCUGUGACAUGAGACCCCUGCUGAAGCUGACCUGCACAGACACCACUGUCAAUGAGAUCAUUAACUUUGUUGUCAGUGUUUUUGUCCUUAUUCUACCCAUGGGCCUGGUCUUCAUCUCCUAUGUCCUCAUCAUCUCCACCAUCCUCAAGAUUGUUUCAGCUGAGGAUCAGAAGAAGGCCUUUGCUACCUGCGCCUCCCACCUCACAGUGAUCAUCAUCCACUAUGGCUGUGCCUCCAUCAUUUACCUGAAGCCUAAGUCCCAGAGUUCCCUGGGGCAGGACAGACUCAUCUCAGUGACCAACACUGUCAUCACUCCUCUGCUGAACCCCGUCGUGUACAGCCUGAGGAACAAGAAGGUCAAAGAUGCUCUGUGCAGAGCCAGGGGUAAAAGCCCCUCUUCCUCUCAGUGAGGAGGUUGUUGAAGGCCUUUUCUUUCAUUUUGU